AAUUCAUUUUGAAAAAAAAAAAAAAGAUCGUUUUGUUGAAACUUAAAUAAUUUCCUCAUUGACAAUUUCGUGAACCACACCUAAAAAUUGCACUGCUGUACGGAAAAUAAGCGACUACGCCAAUUGCACGCACCGAACCACGCUUGCAUUUAAAAAAAUAAUAAUUGCUGUUUGCACGUCGAGAUUGCUGGUCCGAUUCCUCCCAGGCUGAGGUUUGACUAGAGGGAACAAAACUCACAGAUACAGAGAGAGAGAGAGAGAGAGAGAGAGAGAGAGGAGGGUAACGGAGAGAAAGAAACAAACAGACAAGGGAGGGGCCGGGCACCCAGGACACCUGGAUGGAGUAGCUGGAAAGAAGAACUUUAAAAUAAACACCUGCCCCCGGGGGCUGCACGUCAAGCAGGGAUUUCAGAGGGGGAGCGGAGCGGGCCGCAGGCAUGAGCGAUUUCUGGCACAAAAUCGGUUGCUGUGUGGCAGAGAAACCCCAGCCGAAAAAGAAGAGGCGGCGCAUUGACCGGAGCAUGAUCGGGGAGCCCAUGAAUUUCAUCCAUUUGACUCACCUUGGGUCAGGAGACAUGAGCAGCGACGGUCCAAUGCCGGGUUCAGUACAGCAACAAAUGAGGUCCAAAGGUGAGAGUGCCAUGGGACGAAACAGCCUUCUAUAGCUGUCCUCUCCAGUAGACCACACCGCUUUUGGGGAUCCACUUGAAAAACACCAACAAACGGGAUCAAAUCCACAGAGAAAGCACUUAACAAACCGUUGGAGAAGUCCUCAUAAGUUAACAAACUGCCACGUUUUCAAAAGGACGUUGUUCACUUUCGCCCUGAAAAAAAAAAACCACAGUGUUUGACGAGAAUUGCAAGCGAGUCUCCGUUUCUCUGUUUGUUGUAUGAUGUUAUCAAACUCCUAGGACCUCUCAGUAUGUCUAUACACUGGUAUUGUUAUAUAUUGAAUUGUAUCACAAGGAACUGGGCUGUUUUUUGGGGGGUGUCUAAAUACAAGCAAUUUCAAAGAUAUGUAUAUAUAUAUAGAUGCAAAAACAUAGCAACGACAAAUGAUUUCCAGCAAGACUAGGGCUGGGGAUUGCAUUGCCCGUGUUUCCUCACUCAGACCCCUUCCUUACUAUACCCCCUGGUAUCUCUGAAUAGAUAAUCGCCUCCUUUAGCAACAGGCUGAGGGUUUUAACAAGGGAGACAAGUAGAACGCUCCCCCGAAAUGAUCUCCUUUUAUCUAGGGAAGCAGUACAGCUGGGGAUGGGGAGUUUGUUGCUGGAUAACUUCACUCAGACUCCUUGCUCGCUAAAUAUCUUGCUAUCCCUGCAGAGAUCACCGUCUCCUGUAUUUAGUAAGGGAGGGGUCUGAGUGAGGAAAGGUGGGCAACACAGUCCUCACCCCUCGUCCUGCUGGAAAUCAUUUAGGAUGUAUGUGUGUUUAUAUAUUUUAAAAAGAAAAGCAAGGGUAUUUAACUAAAGUAAAGGUUGGAAAAUAUAGGUGACCUAGAAAUCAAAAGUGUAGCAAAAGCAUUCCAAAAUAUUGUUGCUUUUUUUUUAAAAUCAAUUUUCUUACCUCUUA